AUGAGCGACGACGUGUCAGGAGGCUCGGGCGCGCCGGGCCGGCAGGAAAAGGCUCGGCCGUCCUUCACCGACAUCCUGGACGCCGUUCCCCACAUCCUGCACUCCCUGCCCGCCGCGUCCUCACUGAACCUGGCUUCCACGUGCUGGGCGAGCCUGAUGGCGCUGAUGAGGCACGGAAGGCGCGGGAUCCCGGGCGAGGUCGAGUGGCGCGCUGCAGAGAGCGGCACGGCCUCCAGCGCAGACCACCGACUCGUCGUCGUGGCAGACGAGCAGCUCCUGACUCCGGUGAUUCGCAUUUCGAGGCUGCACGGAGCCCUGAUGUGCGGCAUUUCCGUCCACGUCGACGAAAGCACGCCGUACGUCGGGAAGCUCGACUUCUCCGUCGCUCGCUUUGACGUCGCGCAAGCGAACAUACUUCACGACGCCGCGACCCGCGCAAAGCUGCGAGACGACGACGUGGCGACCGAGUACGCGCGCGUGGGGGCGCUGGACCGCAUCCUCCGGCUGCCGGCGCGGCGCGGCAUGGCGCUGCACGUGCGCAGGGUCGACGUCCCGGCCCGGCUCUUGAUCGAGACGCAGGCGGGGCCCGGAGACCAGGAUUCAGUAUCUGCUUCCAUCGCGAACCGCUUGGACGUGGUGUGCGCGGUGCUCGCCGCGCCCGCCGUCUACAGACACGUCGAACACCUCGUCCUGCGUCGCAUCACCGUGGCAUCCUCGCUACUGCGCAUUCUGGCGGCGCUCCCGGAGCUGCAACACGUGUGCACCCUCGACGUCAGUGGGGGGGCCAUCGACACCGCGGCGGCGCUCGCGCUGGCCCGGCUCGUCGAGGCGUGCCCCACGCUGCGGCACCUGGACGUCUCGAGGGUGACGGGGUUCACGGAGGCCGGCAUGGCGGCGGUCGCGAAGGAGGUGUUCAGGAAAAGGAAAGACCAGAGAAUGCUGACCUUUGACUGCGGUUUUGUCGACUACAACGACUGCGUGGCCGCCGCAAUGCUGCGCUACGGGGGCGGGCGUCUCGAGCGGCUCGGCCUGGAGCGACGCCCCGGCAGCAUCGGCCCGCAGAGCGGCCUGGUGCGGAAGAUCGCAGCGAGCACGCACAGGCUGGCGGACCUGCGCCUGGGCAUCGCGUCGCACCUUCCCGAGGAUCUGCGGGCGCUGGUUGCAACGAGCACCACGCUCCGCGCGCUCGACCUCUCCGGCAGCUGCAUCCGCGACGGUUCCCUUGAGAGGUUGUGUCAGACGAUCGCCAGCACGCCGGACCUGCGGCUCGAGCGGCUGCGGCUCGACGGGCUCAAGAUGACGGACCGCGGCGGCAAGGCGGUGGCCAGGAUGCUCGCGGAGACGCCGUCCCUGCGCGCGCUCAGCCUGCGCGACAACAGGCUCCGCGACGACGCCGCGAAGCGCCUGGCGAAGGCGCUCGGCCGCAACCGCACGCUCCGGGAGCUCGACCUCUCGCUCAACGACGUCGCGGUGUCGGGCUUCAAGCGGCUGCUGAGCGCCGUCGGGAACAGCGCGGCCCUCGAGCACUUUGCGAUCGAGGGCAACAGGUUCGGCACUGACGGCGACGCGAAGCUCGGCGCGCUCGGCCCCGCGCUGCGCUCGCUGAGGCUGGGCGCGGCCGGGCCGCAGGGCUCCUCGGCGCGGCUGACGGGCUUGUAUGCGUUCGCGACGCAACUGGCGGGGAACCUCACCUUGCGCGUGCUCUCGCUUCGGGGGUUCAGAAUGGACGGCGACCGCGCGGGGAUGAUCGCGCGCGCCGUGCGCGAGAACUCCACGCUGCGGUCCCUGAGCCUUGACGAGGCAAGAUUGGGCGAUGUGUGCGGACGGGAUUUGGCAAACGAGGUCUCCCACAACCACGGUCUCCAGCACCUGUCGCUGCGCGGCAACCCCGCCGCGAACAGCGAGACCGCGGCCGCGCUGUGCCGCGCCCUCGACGGGCACCCCACGCUCGAGAGGGUCGACGUCGACGGGUGCGGGUUCGCGGGGGGCGCGUUCUGGCGCGACCGUGUUCGGCAGGCCCGCGGACCUUGCCCGCGGGUCGUCGUGAUCGGGGAGGGCAGCGAAGUGGACGAGAGCUAG